AUGGAUGAACUGAUCGGCCUUGUUCCCGGCAUAGCGCUCAGCGACAUGGUCAUCGACAAAAUCAAUAAGAAUGUCAGCUCGAUGAAGGGUAGUUUACCCGGAAACUGGCGCGAUCCGAGAGGCUUCUUGCAGUCCUCGACGCAGGCACCUGCCACUGCCGCUGACUCUGAAAAGACGCCAAAGCCUAGACCGUUGACAGAAGAGGAAAAGCUUACGGAUAUUUUUUUGCGUUGUCAAAGGGACCAGGCUCUGACGAGGAAGAAGACGAAUCUUUUGGUCUGGAUGAAGUCCAUUGUGCGGAUUCCUGUGACUGAGUGUCAAUACGUCAGCCCGGGCGACCCUGCUAAUGACUUUGACUGGACCAAGGAGUAUUUGAAGAGAUUCAAGGCUACCCAGUCUCUUCCGGAAGCAUACAUCGAGAACAUUCAGCCGAAGACUGAUGCUUCCAGCCAGUGAUUCUCUGCGGUGUAUUCGCGGUUUUAUUUGGUCUUUUUAUGCCACUUCGGUAACUAGAGAUAACUUCUUGUACAUCACCGUCUCAAUUCCUUUCCAUCUGGUCUUCUGACUUCAGUAUGUUAAGUCGAGGGCUACAGUAGUCCCUUGGCCCAGAUUACCAUCUGUAGACAUUCAGACGGGCAUUAGUUAACUACUCUUAGUCUCUUAGUCAUGAAAUGCUGCUCGCCCCAGGUAUCCUCUAAUAUAAAUGACCUUGCAUUGCUGCUGUGAGUAAUUAGCACUCAAAGCUGUAUUUGAGUCGGCCACGGGACAUAU